GGGGACCCAGCGAGAUGGAAGUAGUUAGGUGUCCGGAGCACGGGACUUUCUGCUUUCUUAAGACCGGCGUCCGCGAUGGCCCGAAUAAAGGAAAGAGCUUCUACGUGUGCCGGGCAGACACGUGCAGCUUCGUGCGGGCCACCGACAUUCCUGUUUCUCAUUGUUUGUUGCAUGCGGACUUUGUGGUAGAGCUUCAGGGUUUGCUUCUCCCACAGGGCAAGAAAGAAUACAGAUUGUUCUUCCGAUGCAUUCGAAGUAAGACAGAGGGGAAACACUGGUGUGGAAGUAUUCCAUGGCAGGAUCCUGAUUCCAAAGAACAUUCUGUACCCAGUAAGUCUCAGCAUGCAUCAGAGACAUUUCAUCAUCCUUCCAGCCGGCCGAGAAAUCCAUUCAAGGUACUGGACAAGAAUCAAGAGCCAGCUCUCUGGAAACAGCUCAUCAAAGGUGAAGGUGAGGAAAACACAGCUGAUAAGAGGCAAAAAGAAAAGGGAGAUCAGCAAUUCCAUCAAAAGAAGGAACAGAAGCCUGAACCAGUGGAGAAAGAUCUCUCAUCUGGCCUGGUGCUGAAGAAAAAACAACCUGUACUUCAAGAGAAGAAGCAAGAAGAGAGAGCAGAGAUUCAUCGGGAGGCGGAGGAGACCAGAGGCACACACAAAGGAAACUUGUCUGAAAUUACAUCCAAACCAUGCCACCGCAGUGAGCUGACAGGGUCGUCUGCAUCUUCUCAGGAGAACUCAAGUGGGAAGAAUCAAGAUGUCCAAAGAGAAUCAGAACCUCUGAGAAAAAAGGAGACCCAGCUUUUGUCUCAAAGAGGUAACAGUCUCAACCCAGUAAGCAAGCCCCGGGAAGGGGGCCCCCUCAGCAAGGGGUACAAGAACUGGGAGGCUAAAGAAGCAAAGGCAAAGGAUGACCCCAGCACACAGGCCACCCAGAAAAUCCUGCCCCGGGAGCAUCUCCAAGAGAGCCCAGAGACCCGUGGUGUGCCUGCUCCUGGAGGACCAGCGGUUCAGGCCGCGCCAGCAGCACCAGGGCUUUCCCUGGGCGAGGGCCGUGAAGCUGCCACGAGCAGUGAUGAGGAAGAGGAAGAUGAUGUUUUCGUUUCCUCUAAGCCUGCAAGCCCCCUACUCUUUGACUCGGCUCUGGACUUACAGAGGAAGGAGAGCCUCCAAUUCCCUGAUCGAAGUGUGCAAAGACAGGUACCUCCUGCCUCAGAUGUUUCCGCCAAGGUAGAACCCUCAGACCCAGCAGCCCAGCGUGUCUACCUGACAACACAACUGAAACAGAAGAAGAGCACACUGGCAUCAGUGAACAUCCACGCUCUUCCAGACAAGGGUCAGAAGUUGAUCAAACAAAUCCAGGCGCUGGAGGAAGCCCUCAGUGGUCUUGCCCUUGCCCCAGAGCAAGGAACUAGUGAGAAGAGUCACACUCAAGUACCAGAGCAGAGUCACUUCACCAAAACUACCACAGACCCUCCCCACCUGGUGCCUCCCCAACCCCUUCCUGGUUGUGGUACCCAAUCUGUGGGUUCUCUAGGGCUAAAGUCUGCCUGCCAGGUAACUGCUGGAGGAUCCAGUCAGUGCUAUCCAGGCCAUGCAAACCAAGAUCAAGUUCACCCAGUGUGGAAGAUCACAGGUGAAGCCAUUGAUGAGCUCCAUCGCUCAUUAGAGUCACGUCCUGGUGAGACUGAGGUGGCAGAAGAUCCUGCUGGGCUGAAGGUCCCUUUGCUACUACACCAGAAGCAGGCAUUGGCUUGGUUACUAUGGCGGGAAAGUCAGAAGCCACAAGGAGGAAUUCUGGCGGAUGAUAUGGGCUUAGGAAAAACCCUGACAAUGAUUGCACUCAUCCUGACCCAGAAGAAUCAAGAGAAAAACAGAGAAAAGGAGAAAAGCACAGCUUUAAUGUGGCUCUCCAAAGACGACUCUUCUAACUUUACUUCCCAUGGAACACUAAUCAUCUGUCCUGCCUCCCUGAUCCAUCAUUGGAAAAACGAGGUGGAAAAACGGGUGAACAGCAACAAACUAAGAGUCUAUCUCUACCAUGGGCCAAACCGGGAUUCACGUGCCAGAGUCCUCUCUACAUAUGACAUCGUGAUCACUACCUAUAGCCUCGUGGCCAAGGAGAUUCCCACAAACAAGCAAGAGGCAAACAUCCCAGGUGCAAACCUCAGUGUGGAGGGCCCCUCAACACCUUUGCUUCGAAUAGUCUGGGCUCGAAUCAUACUGGAUGAAGCUCACAAUGUGAAGAAUCCCCGAGUACAGACGUCCAUGGCUGUGUGCAAGCUACAAGCCUGUGCCCGUUGGGCUGUCACUGGGACCCCCAUUCAAAACAACUUACUGGACAUGUAUUCACUGCUGAAGUUUCUCCGUUGCUCUCCAUUUGAUGAGUUCAGUCUGUGGAGGAGUCAGGUUGACAAUGGCUCAAGGAAAGGAGGGGAACGGUUAAGUAUUCUAACCAAGAGCCUUUUGCUGAGGAGAACAAAAGACCAGCUGGACUCUACCGGCAGACCUUUGGUGAUACUGCCCCAACGUAAAUUUCAGUUACACCAUUUAAAGCUUUCUGAAGAUGAAGAGACUGUUUACAAUGUGUUUUUUGCAAGAUCAAGGUCAGCUCUGCAAUCCUAUCUAAAAAGACAUGAAAGUAGAGGCAGCCAAUCUGGAAGAAGCCCUAAUAAUCCAUUCAGUAGAGUGGCACUGGAGUUUGGGUCCUGGGAGCCUAGACACUCUGAGGCAGCAGAUUCACCGACAUCCAGCACCGUCCACAUACUGUCCCAGCUGCUGAGACUCCGCCAAUGCUGCUGUCACCUUUCUUUACUGAAGUCGGCUCUGGAUCCAACGGAACUGAAGGGUGAAGGUCUCGUCCUUUCCCUGGAGGAACAGCUCAGUGCUUUGACCUUUUCAGAACUCCAUGACUCAGAGCCGUCUUCCACUGUUUCCCUUAACGGCACCUUCUUCAAGAUGGAGAUUUUCGAAGACACGCAAGAGAGCACCAAGAUUUCAUCUCUGUUGGCGGAAUUGGAGGCAAUUCAAAGAAAUUCAGGGUCCCAAAAGAGUGUCAUUGUCUCUCAGUGGACCAACAUGCUGAAAGUUGUAGCACUGCACCUGAAGAAGCAUGGACUGACUUAUGCCACCAUCGAUGGCUCUGUCAACCCCAAGCAGAGAAUGGACUUGGUAGAGGCGUUUAACCGCUCCAGAGGCCCUCAGGUAAUGCUAAUCUCUCUCUUGGCUGGAGGUGUUGGUCUAAACCUGACUGGAGGAAACCAUCUCUUUCUUUUGGACAUGCACUGGAAUCCAUCACUUGAAGAUCAAGCUUGUGACCGAAUUUACCGAGUCGGGCAGCAGAAAGAUGUUGUCAUACACAGAUUUGUUUGUGAGGGAACAGUAGAAGAAAAGAUCUUACAGCUCCAAGAAAAAAAGAAAGAUUUGGCCAAACAAGUUCUAUCAGGGUCUGGAGAGUCUGUCACCAAGCUCACCUUGGCUGACCUCAGAGUCCUUUUUGGCAUCUAACCUCCUGUGGAUAAGGGCUCAGAAUACCGCCAUUGCUGAGAGUCUGUAUUUCCCAGUCUUUGCUGCAGUUUGAUGGGGUCCGUAUUACUGAGUUCUAGUCAACGGACUGUGGAGAAAAGUGAUGUAAGUCACUUCUAGACUGCCCUCUACAACGUUAUAAAAGGUUAUUCAUGCUGUUUCUUCCCUCCUCGGCCUCCGGGAUGCAAAGGAUCUGAUGGAAGAUUACAAGGCCCUAGGGAAGGGUGAAGCCACUGGUUCUUAGCCUGGUUUUUGGCCAUCAGCCCUUCUAUUAGACUAGUAAAGCCUCAGUCCCUGGAUGCCUUCCCCAUGUGCCCUUCCCUUGCCCCAGCUCACCUACA